CGGCGCGGCGACUGCGGCUGCGCGGGAGAUUCGAAUCGGCGGCGGCUCCUCGUUGCGACCCGGGUGCGGAGUGCCGCCUGCUCGCGUGCCUCGUCAUGGACAACCCGGACAAUGUCUUUCAAAUGUUUGAAGCCCAUAUGCAGAGCUACAAGGGUGAUGACCCACUUGGCGAAUGGGAAAGCUAUAUGCAGUGGGUAGAAGAGAAUUUUCCCGAUAAUAAAGAGUACAUGACAACUUUAUUACAACAUCUGAUGAAGGAAUUUUUAGAUAAGAAGAGAUACCACAAUGACCCAAGAUUCAUCAGUUACUGCUUAAAAUUUGCUGAAUGCAACAGUGACCUUCAUCAGUUUUUUGAGUUUCUGUACAACCAUGGGAUCGGGACCCAGUCGUCCCCUUUGUAUGUAUCCUGGGCAGGACAUCUGGAAGCUCAGGGAGAGCUGCAGCACGCCAGUGCCGUUUUCCGCAGAGGAAUUCAGAACCAGGCUGAGCCGCGAGAGCUGCUGCAGCAACAGUACAGGUUGUUUCAGAUACGCCUCGCUGAAAUCCACUUGCCGGCUCAAGCUAAAACCUCAGAACCUCUACAUAAUGCUCAGAUUUUUAACCAAAUGACAACAUCAAAAUCAAAUCCAGGAAAGAACUCAGCCUGCAUUUCAAAGAAUCAGAGUUCAGAACCUCCUGGAGUGGUAUCUUCAGCUCAUGAUAAAGAAUCAAAUAAGGAACAGAGGGUGGUCAUGAUUUCCAAAUCAGAAUAUUCUGCACACUCGUCUGUGGCAGCCCAAGCUGACAUUCAGCAGGUCGUCAUGUACUGUAAGGAGAAGCUUAUCCGCGGGGAAUCAGAGUUUUCCUUUGAAGAACUGCGAGCUCAGAAAUACAAUCAACGGAGAAAGCACGAGCAAUGGGUAAAUGAAGACAGACAUUAUAUGAAAAAGAAAGAAGCGAAUGCUUUUGAAGAACAGCUUCUAAAGCAGAAAAUGGAUGAACUUCAUAAGAAGUUGCAUCAAGUGGUGGAGACGUCACACGAGGACCUGCCCACUUUCCAGGAGAGGCCUGAGGUUAACUCAGCACAUGUGGGGCCAGCGGUAGGCUCCCAGCAGGAACCCACAGCUCCAUGUCUUCCAGCCAUCCAUCAGCAAACCUCAAGGCACGCGGGUGAGAAACCCAGAGAGGCACUUGCUGCUGUUCCUCUUGUGGCAAAUGGUACUACUGCGGCUUUGGUGCCCCCCGCCGUCAGCCAGACCAUCGCACCUGCUGGUCCUUUGCCAGCCCAGCCAGCGACAGACUCCAGGUGUAUCAGUCAAAAUACUCAUGAAUUCAAGCCGCAGAGCAGAGCAGAGACAAGAGAAGGGUGUGAAGCACACAAGGUUGCUAACACAGGUUCUUUUCACACAACUCCAAACACAUCCCUGGGAAUGGCUCAAGCAACGCCAUCCAAAGUGCAGCCCUCUCCCACCGUGCACACAAAAGAAGCAUUAGGUUUCAUCAUGAAUAUGUUUCAGGCUCCUACUCUUCCUGACAUUUCUGAUGACAAAGAUGAAUGGCCAUCUCUAGAUCAAAAUGAAGAUGCAUUUGAAGCCCAGUUUCAAAAAAAUGCAGGGUCUUCUGGGGCUUGGGGAGUCAACAAUAUUAUCUCUACACUGACCUCUGCUUUUCCUGUGUUUGAAGAUGGAAACAAAGAAAACUACGGAUUGCCACAGCCUAAAAAUAAGCCCACGGGGACCAGAACCUUUGGAGAACGCUCUGUCAGCAAAUUUCCUUCAGAACCCAAUGAAGUGCCUCAUGCCGAGGAGUUUUUGGAUGACUCAACGGUGUGGGGUACUCGCUGCAACAAAACCCUGGCACCCAGUCCCCAGAGCAUCGGGGACUUCACAUCUGCUGCCCAGCUCGCAUCCACACCCUUCCACAAGCUCCCCGCGGAUUCCGUGCACAUUCUAGAAGAUAAGGAAAAUGUUGCAACAGGGUACACCCAUGCUUCUUUGGCUGCUUGUAAAGAAAACAUAGCGGAGCCCUCAAAAGACAGAAAGUUCAGUCCAAUUCAAGAGACAAGCCCAGCACAAGCGCUCCCCACCGACGUCUCUUCAGCAUCCUUACACCGCCGGAGCCAGCCUGCAGCAGGCGGUGCGCUUGUCCGCGAGGCCCAGUGGGGCCUGGAGGCAUGUAAGCUCACAGAUGCAGCCUGUGCCCCUGCGGAGGGCCCCCCAGAUGCCGUCGCUGGGCUCCAAGCAGAAGAGAUGCAGAUGUAUCCUCUUGGAACUGCCAGUGCUCCAAACUUCACUAUCGAGAACCCAUGGGAUGAUCGUUUGAUUCUCAGACUUUUAUCUGGACUUUCAAAACCAGUGAAUUCCUAUCCAAAUGUUUUUGAAUGGCAAUGCAAACUUCCAGCCAUCAAGCCCAAGACCGAAUUUCAAUUGGGUUCUUUGAUGGUCUAUGUCAAUCACCUUCUUGGAGAAGGGGCCUUUGCUCAAGUCUAUGAAACUACCCAUGGAGACGUGGAUGACACCAAAAAUAAACAGAAAUUUACUUUAAAGGUGCAGAAGCCUGCCAACCCCUGGGAGUUCUACAUUGGGACCCAGCUGAUGGAGAGACUCAGUCCAAUCUCACGGCACAUGUUUAUCAAGUUCUACUCUGCCCACCUGUUCCAGAAUGGGAGCAUAUUAGUAGGAGAUCUCUACAGCUACGGAACACUGCUGAAUGCCAUUAACCUCUAUAAAAAUACCCCUGAAAAAGUGAUGCCCCAAGCUCUCGUCAUCUCUUUUGCCAUCAGAAUGCUCUACAUGAUUGAACAAGUCCAUGACUGUGAAAUCAUUCAUGGAGACAUUAAGCCGGAUAACUUCAUACUGGGAAACAGGUUUUUGGAGCAAGACAGUGACGAGGAUGAUUUGUCUGCUGACUUGGCACUGAUUGACCUGGGUCAGAGUAUAGAUAUGAAACUGUUUCCCAAAGGAACUGCGUUUACAGGGAAGUGUGAGACGUCUGGUUUUCAGUGUAUUGAGAUGCUCAGUAACAAGCCAUGGAACUAUCAGAUUGAUUACUUUGGAGUUGCUGCCACAGUGUACUGCAUGCUCUUUGGCACUUACAUGAAGGUGAAAAAUGAAGGGGGCGUUUGGAAGCCCGAGGGCCUCUUUAGAAGGCUUCCUCACCUGGAUGUGUGGGAGGAAUUCUUCCACCUGAUGCUGAAUAUACCAGAUUGCCACCACCUGCCGUCGUUGGCGCUGCUAAGGCAGAAGCUGAGGACGCUGUUCCAGCAGCACUACGCGAGCAAGAUCAGGACGCAGCGCAACAGGCUGAUUGUGCUGCUCUUAGAGUACAAGAGAUCGAGAAAAUAGAAAUGGACACGGACACUCCAUAGAAACCACUUUGUAAAUGCCAACCUCAUCCUGAACCUUAAUUUUCCCCCCACAUUUAUUGUUUAUGUCAAUGUUUGUUAAAAAUAAAAUCUACAGAGUGGAUCCAUGUGAUGUAGUUGUUA